AGUAAGCACUUGCCGGCGUUUUAACAUAUGGAAACAACGACGGAGAAAGAAAUCGGAGAAAUCCAAGAGUCAACACCAGAUCCAACCGUCGGUGCAGUUGAUGUUCCGGCUCCGAAGCAGACCCCGAGCAGCUUGACUGCGAAGGUACCCGAAGUAGAGACCCACCUCUAUCGCCGCGGCAAAGGUCCCAUUGCCAUCUUCAAGUCGAACUUGGGAGGAUGGGAACAGGACCAGCUCGAGGUCCGUGACAUCCUCGACAAGUACGGGUUCAAGUCUGUGUACGCUUUCAAUCCCGGAUCGGGUCGGGGAGUUCCUAUCCGGUUCCAUCCCAGGAACGGAAGGUCAAUCCUUGGAUACAAGGAUGGAACUGUGGUUUACAUAGAUGGAGAACCAACGGAUUCCCUGAUGAAGCCUGUGACCAAGAUAUUGAUUGGUGUGGCAGUGAUAACCAUUCUUAUAACAUUGAUAGUUAGAGAUACACCUGAAUGGCUCAAGAAAUUAAAUAUCUUUGGUGGGGACUUCCCUCCAUGGGUCCUUGCUUGCAUGGUUAUUGUUUUUGCUCGCAUGAGGAAGAGAACCAAGGACUUCUUGAAUAAGCUUGGCUGGUAAAAGGGUGCUGUGGAUACCUUUUUUGUAGUGUUGGAAUGGCUUGAAUCUAGGAGGCAAGUGAUCUGGAGGUUUGCAAACACUUGUUGCAGUUUGCCACCUUUUUUUCACUAUAAAAGCUGUAUCCUUAUGUCAGCUGGGAUGUCUCUGUCAAAAUGGCAGUGCAGAAGCCAGACCUCUGGCAACAAUAUCUAGUAUGUGUUAGCAAUUACAUUUAUUCUGAGGUCAUUUCUAACAAUGUCUCCUUUUGCUAAAUUAUUGUUGAUUUUGGAUCCAUAACUUUCUUUUUCUGCGUUUAAUCUAUAAUUGUAUACUAGAUUUUAAUAUUAUGC